CUCCAGGGAUGGGGCACGGCAUAAGUGAUGGAGUACUUCAAAAGUGACGGAGGACCCAACCCCAUCCAUCCCACCCCACGAGCAUCCCAGCCGGCACGGAACACCCCCCGCCCCUCCUCUCAGACACUCCCACCUCGCUCCCAGCGCUGCCGGCCGCCUGACGCCAUCUCUGGGCGCCGAGCAGCGCUCCGCCCGGCCAUGGGCCCGGAGGGGGCGGCGGUGCGGGUGGCGGUGCGGGUCCGGCCGCUGCUGCCCAAGGAAGUGCUGCGUGGGCACCGCUCCUGCCUGCGGGGGGAUGCGGACACCGGGGAGGUGGCGUUGGGUCAUCGCCGGCGAUUCCGCUUCGCCGCCGUGUUACCCGAGGCGGCGGGGCAGGAGGAUGUGUACAGAGCCUGCGUCCGGCCGCUGCUGCGGGCUUUCUUCCAGGGCUUCAACGCCACCGUGUUCGCCUACGGGCAGACGGGCUCCGGAAAGACCUACACCAUCGGGGAGGCCAGCGUCGCUUCCAUCAAUGAGGAUGAGCAGGGCAUCAUCCCACGAGCCAUGGCAGAGACCUUCCAGCUUAUUGAUGAGAAUGACCUCAUUGACUACACAGUGCGUGUGUCCUACCUGGAGGUGUACAAGGAGGAGUUCCGGGACCUUCUGCAGGUGGAUACAGCCAGCAAAGAUAUCCAGAUCCGAGAGGAUGACAAGGGCAACAUUGUGCUCUGCGGUGUGAAGGAGUCUGAGGUGGAAGGACUGGAUGAGGUGCUGAGCCUGCUGGAGAUGGGCAACACAGCCAAGCACACGGGUGCCACGCACAUCAACGCGCAGUCCAGCCGCUCACACACCAUCUUCACGGUGACGAUGGAGCAGCGACGCGGUGCCGGCCGUGUCACCCGCCUUGCGCUGUCCAACCAGCCCACCAUCCCCGCUUCAGGACAGGUCCUGGUCUCCAAGUUCCAUUUUGUGGACCUGGCGGGCUCAGAACGGAUCGUCAAGACAGGAAACACUGGGGAGAGGCUGAAGGAGAGCAUCCAGAUCAACAGCGGGCUGCUGGCCUUGGGCAACGUCAUCAGUGCCUUGGGGGACCCUCGGAGGAAGGGCAGCCACAUUCCUUAUAGGGAUUCCAAAAUCACCAGGAUCCUGAAGGACUCCCUGGGGGGCAAUGCCCAGACUGUGAUGAUAGCGUGUGUCAGCCCUUCCUCCUCCGACUUUGAUGAGAGCCUCAACACGCUGAACUACGCCAGCCGAGCUCAGAACAUCCAGAACAAAGCGGUGGUAAACUGCCGCAAGGAGACAGAGCAGGUGGAGGAGCUCCACCUGCAGAUAAAGAACCUGCAGAAGGCACUGGAGCAGCGGCACCGCUCCGAGACACGCAUCAUCAACCGCUCAGACACCGCCAAGCGCUGCCCCCAGGAACCCACUGCUCGGCUGCUGGCUGAGUGCGCGCACUACCGGACCUGCACGGAUGCUGCUUACCGGCUGCUGAUGGAGCUGCAGGAGGACAGCAACCUGACGGUGGAGCAGAUCCUGCGGGUGAAGGAGUGGCUGUGCGCGGUGGAGAGCGAGAGGAGUGAGCUGACCUCAGCCGGGCUGGAUAGCGGCAUCGAGAGCACUUCUGCAGAGGAUCAGAGCCUUGAGGUGCAGGGCUGCAAGCUGCCCAAAGCCCAGGGGCAGGCAGGCACCGAGAAGGACAGCGAGGCCAUCAAGGACAAGCAUGUGGCCAACCUGCAGAGACAAGUGGAACGUCUGGAGGAGGAGAACCGGGAUUUCUUGGCUGCCCUGGAGGAUGCCAUGGAGCAGUAUAAGCUGCAGAGUGACAAACUGCAGGAGCAGCAGGAUAAGAUCUCAGAGCUGCACGUGCGCCUGGAGAUGGCGAUGCCAAACCCAUGUGUGCCAGAGCUGCUGGAGAACCUGCACCUUGUGACUGCCACCCAGAGACCACACACAGCCCCACUGGUGGCCACGCAGCCCCACGGCCUCAGUAGGAUCCCCACCGAGCAGAGCGGAAAGGGCCUGUGUCAGAAGCUUAACAGCAGUCCCUCCUUAAAGGCAGACACAGCCAGCUGUAAACCAAACCUACCCAGCGGUGCAGAGCUCAGGGACACGGCCCUGAGGAGGGAACACAGCCAGGGCUUGGAGAAGGCAGCCGAGCUGUCCUCAGAAGAGGAUGAAGAGUGGGAGCAGAAGCGGUCCCUGUAUCAGCGCCGGAACGGGAUUCCCAGCUGGAGUAGGAGAGAGGUGAGCAGCAAGCUGAGUGAGGAGCCGAGCGGAGGCCAUCCCUUCUUGAUUCAGGAGGAGCAGCUGGAGCUGCCCAAAGAGGCAUGCAGGAGGCAGGAGCGCCCUGCAGGGAAGGACUCAGAGUGGAGGCUGGUGCAAGCACAGCAGAAGAUCCGGGAGCUGGCCAUUAACAUCCGCAUGAAGGAGGAGCUGAUCACAGAGCUCAUCAAGACAGGCAGGGACGCGCAGGCUCUGAACAAGCAGUACUGCCAGAAGAUCGGCGAGCUGGAGCAGGAAGCAGAGCAGGUGCGGGCUGAGCUGAGUGACAGCCAGAGGCAGCUCCAGGAGCUGGAGGGCAAAGAGCCCUGGGACCCCGGGGAGAAGCGCAAGCUGCAGGAGUACCGCACACGCGUGGCAGCUGCCCAAAGCAAGGCACAGGUCCUGAGCAAAAAGAAGCAGGCAACCGAGAGGCUGGUGUCGCUUUCGGCCCAGAGUGAGAAGCGGGUGCAGGAGUUGGAGAGGAACAUCCAGCUGAUGCGGCGGCAGCAGGGCCAGCUGCAGAGGCGGCUGCGGGAGGAGAGCGAGCAGAAGAGGCGGCUGGAAGCGGAGAUGAACAAGCGGCAGCACCGUGUGAAGGAAUUGGAACUGAAGCAUGAGCAGCACCAGAAAAUCCUGCGCAUCAAAACAGAGGAAAUUGCAGCUUUCCAGAGGAAGCGGAGGAGUGGAAGCAAUGGCUCCGUCAUCAGCCUGGAGCAGCAGCAGAAAAUUGAGGAACAGAAGAAGUGGCUGGAUAUGGAGAUGGAUAAAGUGCUGGAGCAGCGCCGGGCCUUAGAUGAGCUGGAGGACGAGCUGAGGAAGCGUGAAGCUAUUGUGGCCAAAAAGGAGGCUCUGCUGCAGGAGAAGAACGGCCUGGAAAGCAAGAGACUGCGCUCCAGCCAGGCCCUGACAGAUGACAUAGUCCGUGUGUCAAGCCGCCUGGAGCAUCUGGAGAAGGAGCUGACGGAGAAGAACGGGCAGCUGCGCCACGGCAGUGCCCACGACCAGCAGCAGAUCCGACAAGAGAUCAGCAACCUGCGCCAGGAGAAGGACCAGCUGCUGAAGCAGAGGCUGGAGCUUGACAACAAGCUGCGCCAGGGCACGUUACUGUCCCCAGAGGAGGAGCGGAUCCUGUUCCAGUUGGAUGAGGCAAUUGAAGCUCUGGAUGCAGCAAUUGAGUACAAGAAUGAGUCCAUCACAUGCCGACAGCGCGUGCUGCGGGCCUCAGCCAGCCUGCUGUCCCAGUGCGAGAUGAACCUCAUGGCCAAGCUCAGCUACCUGUCUUCCUCUGAGACAAGAGCUCUGCUCUGCAAGUACUUUGACAAGGUGGUGACGCUGCGAGAAGAUCAGCACCGGCAGCACAUUGCCUUCUCAGAGCUGGAGAUGCAGCUGGAGGAGCAGCAGCAGCUGGUGCACUGGCUGGAGGCAGCUGUGGAGCGGCAACGCCUGGAGAUGGACCGGCAGCUCACCCUGCAGCAGAAGGAACAUGAGCAGAACAUGCAGCUGCUGCUUCAGCAGAGCCAUGAGCACAUGGAGGAGGGGCUGGCCAGCAGCAAGCUGCAGUACGAGGGGAGGAUUCAGGUGCUGGAAAAGGAGCUGAGCCGUUACAUGCGGGCAAACCAGGAGCUGAGCCAAAGGCUUAACAGCAUCAAUCUCCAUCCAGGAGCAGCCAAAGCAGGGAUGGAGAGAAACACGCAUACAGGGACUUGUGAGGAAUUCAGCAAUGGGGAGCUGCCCCUGCCUCCUGCAGAAGAGAACCAUCGGGGUAGAGAUGAGAGCAGGGACCUGGUGCACGCUCCUCUGCCUGCAACAUGGAGACGUUCCUCCCUGCCCACUGACAGCACUGGAGACCCAAGGCAUGAGGUGCACUUGCCUCGCAGCCUGGGGCCUGCCAAGCCACGCCGGGAGCCCCGCAGAGCCAGCCUUAAUGUCACCCCCUUGCCUUACCACCCAGAGAUGAUCGAUGUUAGGAAAAAUCCCCUUUAGAUACAGGCUUAAUGCUUAGCUAGCAAGGGGCAGGAAGGAUUAGAUACUGCUGGCUUGAGAUUAGAAGCCUUUCUGCCCCUCUAAGCCAGCCUGAUGAGGCCCAAAGGAAGAAAAAAAAUGCAACUUUUCACUUGCAACAAGUGUGCAAGGUGUGGAACAAACAGAUUUACACUGUGUUGCUGCCACUCUUGGCAGCACCGAUCCAACACUUCCCAUUGCACCCUCAGCAGCUUGAAUGCUGGUAAGUGGGAGAUGCCUCCUACCCUGUCCUCUAACACUAAGAAAAUUUUUACAGCUUGGAAACCUCUGCUGGUGGCCUUCUCAGCCUCAACAGCCUGAGAGGGAAAUGCUCAGCAGUUCUGGAGAAUUUGUACAUAGUUUUUUUUGUAGUAACUUCUUUAUAAAACAAACAACAUUUCUACUGUAACUUUUCUAAUAAAGCAGAGCAAGUUCUGUGAAGCA